AAGAGGGAGAGGAACAGGGGGACAGGCUGUAGUGAAAGUGGCUAGCUAGCUAGCACAAAAAAGAGGAAGAAAGAAAUGGAGCUGUCUUGAAAAAUUAAAGGAAUGUUUCUUUCAUCAAACAGGCAAAUACCAAUGAGGAGAAAACAGCCUCGGCUCCUUACGUGCAUGAGAUGAUGACAGACAACGAGUAGUUGGUUUUAAUGUAGUAAAGCAGCUCUUGUUCAAAUGAGGGAGCUGUUGCUGUAUUAGCUUAGCAGCUAGCCGUCUAUUAUUGGCACGCUAAUGCUAAAUGCAACCCUCGUCGUCAGAUCUACGGACAUGUUCGACCCAGAUCCAUCUUUCUGAAACGAGAGAGGGGAAUUCAACUGUUUAAAGUGAUGACAAAGGCUUGGCGUUCACAUGAUUGACGUUCCCAAGUCAUAUGGCCGGACUAGGUUAGCCUUCAUCGGUCAGCAGAUAAGACCAUCCCAUGCCCUCACCUGGGGUGUACAAGGAUGAAGAAGAUCAGUCUGAAGAUGAUCAGAAAAUCACUAAACAUAAAGGGCAAAGAAGAUGGUGAUUUCGUCAUGCUUCAGCAGCCAUCUUUAGCAGCUGAGUUUGCCAAGGAUGACUCUCUCUUUGGAGGAUGUUACACCAAAGGGCUGGUCAGUUGUGAUCUUAAUGGUGAAGAUGAGAAGGGUCAUAAGAACCGAUCAAAGAGCGAGUCUCUUAUGGGCACUCUAAAGCGGAGACUGUCUACCAAACAGAAAGCGAAAGUCAAAGGAGGUUCCUCUGCGGUAGGCUCUGAUGAUGAUGACACGUUCUCUUCCUCGUCAGUCCCGAUUAGCUUUAAUGAAGUCAAAGCCCAGCGUCCCUUAAGAUCCUCAUCCCUCCGAAGCCAUCAUUACAGCCCUUCUCCGUGGCCUUUCCGGCCUGUCGGCUCAGAGGAGGCUUGCAUCAAGAUGGAGGUGAAGGUCAAAGCUAUGGUCCACUCCCCCAACCCCAGUCCCUCCCUCAAUGGCAUCCGAAAGGAGUUCCAUGACAUCCAAAUGGAAGGUCUGUUCCAGGAUCAGAGCCAGUCUAUGAAGGACAUGGAGACUCCGAGUGGUAGCUUGCAUUUGAACAUUGAGGAUCACGUGCCUAUUGGACUCACACCUCAGGACUACAUCCAGUACACAAUGCCUUUAGAUGAGGGAAUGUACCCAAAUUCGUCCCAGUCCUUUUGCUUGGAUGGCCCCUCGCCAAUGGAAGUGGUCGAUCAGGUCGAAUCUGACUCUCUGCACGUGGACCAGUGCCCGGAUGACCACAAUCUCUUGCCACCAGACAUGCUCAUGGAGCAGGCGGUGAACGGACACCUUCCUGGUAGUCCGUCAAUGGUCCUGUCCAAUUCCAGAGCAGACACACCUUUAUUUUCUCCCUCACUGUCACCUCUUUCCACCAACGAUAUUCCAAGAACCCUCUCUGGGUUCAGUGGUGCAGACUCUCAUGUUGUCGAGAGAGUGAGGCAUCACCUGAACUUUGACCCCAAUUCCGCUCCUGGUGUUAGCAGGGUGUACGAUUCUUUCCAAACCAGCGGACCCAUGGUUGUAACAAGCCUUACGGAGGAACUUAAAAAACUCGCCAAGCAGGGUUGGUACUGGGGACCUAUAACUCGAUGGGAGGCAGAGGAGAAGCUCAUCAACCUUCCAGAUGGCUCUUUUUUGGUGAGGGACAGUUCAGACGAUCGCUAUCUCCUCAGUUUGAGCUUUCGGUCACAGGGAAAGACGCUUCACACCAGGAUCGAACACUCGAAUGGCAGAUUUAGCUUUUAUGAGCAGCCUGACGUAGAAGGUCACACUUCCAUCGUAGAUCUCAUCGAGCACUCUAUAAAAGACUCAGAAAAUGGCGCUUUCUGUUACUCCAGAUCCCGUCUGCCGGGGUCCGCCACGUACCCCGUUCGGUUGACCAAUCCGGUCUCGCGUUUCAUGCAAGUCCGUUCGCUGCAAUAUCUUUGUCGCUUCGUCAUUCGACAGUACACACGGAUAGAUCUCAUUCAGAAACUGCCUUUACCAAACAAAAUGAAAGAUUAUUUGCAGGAGAAGCACUACUGAACGGACUGCAGUGGGAUAUGGUAGUAAAUUGCACUUUUUGUUUAGUGACGCGUUCUUAAAACAGUUUACAUGUAUGGAGGUCAAGUGAUGAGUUGCAUAAGUUGAUUAUCCGAUCUUCCCACAGAAAUGAAUAGUACAUUUGUUGUUGCUCAGAUUCAGUGUUUUACCUUUUGCAAGGCUCCAAAUGUUCAAAAACCAGUCAGGACUUUUGAUGUCAUGCCUAAUACACGUAUUCAUAAUGACUGUAAUGCUAAUACUAUUCUCAAAGCUUGGAUUU